AUGUGGAUGCUACUGAAGCAGGAUCCGAAGGGCCGCGGUCGCACCGAUAUUUUCGACUUGGACGACGAUCCGAUCCUGAUGUGGCAACACAAGAAUUACGGGCUUGUAAUCCUCUGCUUUGAGACUCUGUUCUCUAUGGUCGUUGCUGGACUGAGCUGGGGCGACUGGAAAGGAGGUCUUAUAUACGUAUAUAUGCGGCCAAGUUGGCCCCUCGAUGGUCGGCAUUCGCCUCGCGACCAUGUCCUGACCGCCCUGGUGAUGCUCGGUGAAGGAUACCAUAACUUUCACCAUGAGUUUCGCCCAGACUACCGCAACGCGAAGGUCGGUCUGGCGUACAAUCCGAAGCACUUUCGUGCGAACAAGAUCGGAAAAGGGUCGAGUUCAGCAGCUCAAAAGAAAGUGGAUCAGAAGCGUACUCAGCUGGACUGGGGUAUUGCCAUUGAACAACUUCCGGUGAUGUCCUGGGAUGGUUUUCUCGCUGAGUCUCACGCCGGAAAGGCCCUUGUCACCAUCGCCGGUGUGGUUCAUGACUUGUCCGGUUUCAUGGGUGAGCGUCCUGGAAGGAAAACAUUGAUCAGUUCUGCGACCGGGAAGGACGUCGCCGCUCUUUUCAAUGGCGACGUGUAUGAUCAUUCGAAUGCGGCAUACAACUUGCUUUCGAGCAUGCGGGACGGGAUUAUUCGGGGAGGUGGAGAGGUAGGGAUCUGGCAAGAAAAGGAUGCGGAGAAACUGAAAACCACCGAAUAA